AUGUCAUCUGCGGAUAAGGAUACCAGAUCCCAGAGCUCACAAGAAUAUACAGGCCGUCAGGCUAUCCCAAUCACUGGUACUUCGGGCGCUGCAUCUCGAAAACAAUCCAGCAGGGCUAUGUCCACGAACUCUGCCUCUUCGAUAGAUUCGCUUAGGGAACGUACAGCUAUGAUCUCAGUGGAUGAAAAUAUGGAAGAUACUGGUGACCCAUUAACUAUUGACUCUCUUGAACAGCAUCGUAAAGCUGCGGCAUCGAUUGCUCCUAUUCUAGAAGGUUUUUCUCCUGUUCUUUCGAAAUCCGAAGUAGUAAGUCCUGCACAGAAUCCCUUGUCACGUACAGCUUCCAAUAUCAGCUCAUUAAGUAUAUCACAUACACGAUCAGGAACAUCUGCAAUACCCCAAAUGAUAACGACCGGAACAACAGGAGCGCAUACUGCAGUUGCCGAGGCCUCUCAUCUAAUGGAUACCUCAACUUCUCCUCUGACAUCUUCACCAAGCUCUGUCGAAGGAGGAUCAAAUUCAGGCAGUUUUAUCAACGUUCAGCAACAGUCUGAAGCAAAGUUCGGGAAAAAGUCCAGAUCGUUCUCUGCAUCUCUGCCUGAGCAUCGAUUUCCUAGGAAACAGAAAGUGGGAACUAUUGGAGUUUGUGCCAUGGACAACAAAGUUCUCAGCAAACCAUGCCGUCAAAUUUUGAACAGAUUAAUCAAUCAUGGAGAGUUCGACACUGUUAUUUUUGGCGAUAAGGUUAUUUUGGACGAAUCCAUUGAGAACUGGCCUACUUGCGAUUUUCUUAUUUCAUUUUUCUCUACCGGCUUCCCGCUAGAGAAGGCAAUUGCCUAUGCCAAGCUUCGCAAACCAUUUUUGCUUAACGAUCUAAUCUUACAAAAGGCCCUAUGGGACCGUAGAUUAUGUCUUGAGAUAUUGAAGGCUGCCAAAGUUCCAACACCCUAUCGCUUAGUUAUAUCCAGGGAUGGUGGCCCUCAAGUCGAUGAAGAUCUGAGAAACAAACUAUUGGAGAUCGGUGUACCCUGCAACGAGGUCCCUGAACCAAAAUGGAGAAUGAUCGAUGACGAUACGUUGGAAGUCGACGGCCAAAUAAUGAAGAAGCCAUUUGUUGAGAAACCAGUGGAUGGCGAGGACCAUAACAUUUAUGUUUAUUACCCCAAGAAAAACGGUGGUGGUGGUAGGAGACUAUUCAGAAAGAUCGGAAAUAAGUCCUCGGUAUUUGAUCCAACUUUAAAUCAAAUUAGGGACAGUGGCUCUUUUAUUUAUGAGCGAUUUAUCGACACAGAUAAUUUUGAGGAUGUCAAGGCGUACACUGUGGGUCCAACUUAUUGUCAUGUGGAAACUAGAAAGUCCCCUGUGGUUGAUGGUAUUGUUCGCCGCAAUACCUAUGGCAAAGAAAUUAGAUAUGUAACUCGAUUCUCUGAAGAGGAGGAAGAGAUGGCCCGCCGCGUGUCUACUUACUUUCAGCAAACUAUCUGUGGAUUUGAUCUAUUAAGAACUUGUGGUAAGAGUUAUGUGAUUGACGUGAAUGGAUUCUCCUUUGUCAAGGAUAACAACGAGUAUUACGACAAAUGCGCAGAUAUAUUGAGAAACAUGUUCAUCACUGCCAAAAGACGGCGUGCGUUGGAAUCACCGGUGGGUCACUCAGAGGAAAGAAAACAAAAAUGGGUGUUCAAAGGCUUCGUUUCUGUAGUUAGACAUGCCGAUAGGACGCCUAAGCAGAAGUUCAAGUACUCGUUCAGGUCUCCUAUCUUCAUUUCUCUAUUAAAAGGAUAUAAAGAGGAGGUGAUUAUUAGAGAAGUUAGAGAUUUGAAAGUAGUCUUGGAGACUGUUCGUGUUGCUUUAGAGGAGCACUUGGAAAAUGCCAAAAAGUUGGAACAAUUGGGCACUGCAUUGGAGAAGAAGAUGUAUUUUCCAGGUACAAAGGUUCAAUUGAAACCUGCCCUUAGUGAGAACGGCGAGAUCGAAAAGGUUCAGCUUAUUCUUAAGUGGGGUGGCGAGCCGACCCAUUCUGUCCAAUACCAGGCUAGUGAUCUCGGCGAACAGUUUCGUCAGGAUAUUCAGUUGUUGAAUCAAAAGGCGUUGGAGGAUGUUCAAGUAUUCACAUCUUCGGAGAGGCGUGUUGUGGCCUCUGCGCAACUAUUUUCAAAAUCUUUCUUAUCAGUAGAUCGUCUUCCGGAUGCUUUUUUGCAGGUUCGUAAGGAUUUGCUCGAUGAUUCGAAUGCUGCUAAAGAUCUUAUGGAUAAAGUGAAAAAGAAAUUGAAGCCAUUACUUCGUCAGGGCAAAGAAGCUCCCCCACAAUUUGCCUGGCCUCCCAAGAUGCCUGAACCGUUUGUUGUUAUCAAGAGAGUUGUGGAGUUAAUGAACUAUCAUCAUCAGAUCAUGGAGAAGAAUUUCGCCACGAAAGAUAUCAACAAUUUUCAAACUUACUGGUGCUGUGGCGAAGAUCCUUAUCUUUUCAAGGAGCGGUGGGACAAAUUGUUUCAGGAGUUUGUUUCCGUGGACAAAGUUCACCCAUCCAAGAUUUCUGAGUUGUACGAUACUAUGAAAUAUGAUGCUCUUCAUAACAGAGAAUUCCUACAAAGAGUAUUUGAUGACGAAGAUUAUAGAGGAAAGGAGACAUUGUCUCAUUCACUUGUGAAAGAAUAUCCAAUCAAUGUUCUUGCUAUGAAUGAUUUCAAGGUCAAGGAUUCAGUUCUGGAUCCUGCGCAGAAUCCUGCAGGUUCUAUUGGUUGGGUUUUGUCGUCUAGUCACAAACCUUCUUCGAGGGAGGAUGGCAAUUCUCCAUUUGACGAUCCGAAGUAUGAUCUUCUUAGAGAGCUUUACCGACUCUCAAAAGUACUUUUUGAUUUCAUUUGUCCGCAGGAAUACGGUAUUGAGGAUAAUGAAAAGUUGGAUAUUGGUCUAUUAACAUCGCUGCCGUUAGCCAAACAAAUUUUACGGGAUAUUACCGGGAUUAAGGAGACUGAUAAGGCAGCUACGCGGAUUUAUUUUACUAAGGAGUCACACAUUUAUACCCUUCUCAACGUGAUAUACGAGUCAGACAUUCCUAUGAAGAUAGCAAGAAACGCUCUUCCUGAGCUUGAUUACCUAUCACAGAUCGUGUUUGAGCUUUACGAAUCCGAGGACAGCGGUUACAAGAAGCAUUCGAUACGUCUGUCACUCUCACCCGGCUGUCAUACACAGGAUCCAUUGGACGUCCAGUUAGAUGAUCGUCACUACAUUUCUUGUAUCAGGAAAAUCAAUUUGACUCGUCAUUUGGACAUGGAUAUGGUUCUGCAGAAACUCAGGAGUAGAUUCAGCCGUGUUUCUCUUCCUAAGAAGUUCACACCUGUGAAUAUUACAAGUCCGUUAGUCGGGGCUAGUCCCUCACCUAGGUAA